CUGAGGGGUUCUUGUGAAAGUAGACUGUGGUCCUAUUGACUCACAACUGUUACCAAGACACCAUUCAACACAACAGUGCCAGACUGGUGUGAUUAGACUACAGCCCCAGUAGUCAUUAAACAAACAUCAUGCAUUGUCGUCCAGUUUCUUUUCAGUGGAUAAUUUAGCGACGCAUUAGCUUAAUGGCAAUACUCAAUUAAAAGCAUUUGUGUCAAAACUAAAAAAGAUUUAAACUAGAAAUCCCAUUGAUUCAUGUUGCUGUUGUUGACAUCUGUUGGAGCUGACUGUGGACUUGUACUUCAGUGCUGUGGGACCCAUAAAGAGAGGCCCCUGUUGUAUCUUCUCCUGCCUUGGUCAGGGUGUGAACUGUGCUACUGCCUUUGGCUGUUCUGUUUUUCCCCUCCUGUGAAGACCUAUGCUAGGUAUUCAAAGAGAACCGUUCUGUUCUUCUCAUGUUAGCCUUGGCCUAACCUCUAUUGACUGAGCAGGCAACUGAAAACCACGGUAUCGUUGGUGCCAGAGAUCCUGAUGGCUAAAUCCAGGACAUUACACCUUCUCUCCAGAAUGUAUCAGUGAUUCUGAGAGGGCAUGUCGCUCUGUGCCAGACUUCCCGGCUGCCAUCCAUUCACUGGUUAUGUGGACCCUUGUUUUAUCUUGACGGACAUCUUGACUCUUCACAGCUAUCCACUGAGAUUAAAAGACAAUUCAUUUCACACAUUUUUUUGGGGACUUGUUGGAGCUUUCUAUCGUUUCCUCUUGCCAGAUGGUUUUUACCAUUUCAUGUCAAGGAAUAAAUUGUGUCUCAUGCAUAUUUACUUUUAACUCCACUCCCACUUGUGUAGGCACCGCAGAGUGGACCUUUACAAAUGGCAGAGAAGCCUGAGCUCUAAAUUCUGCCACAAAAUGCCUGUAGGUGCCGUGCAGAGAAGUCAUUGCGUAAGGUUGAGAAAUGACCUACCAAUGCAUUCAUCAGUGACACAGCGGAAGAGGUUUGCAGCCUGAGAGAUGAGCCAAACAGGUUCUCAUUAAUGUUGAUUUGAAAAGGCAGUAAAGUAUUAUAGCAGUGCAACAAUCAGGUCAGUGAUCAGAUUUAAUCGCAGGUGGAAUGCAUUUCUUUGUGCCAUGAAGGGAUAUAGCUGAAUGAAUUGGGAAAUGUUGCCUGGAAUGAGAGUAUGUCCAGAGCAAGUUAAAGUUGUAACAUACAUGUGUUUUCUACAAUGAUGUUUUGGCCCUCACAACAUUAUCAAUUUAUAACAUUGAGAUGGAUGGUGGCAAUAACCAAUAAUGAACUAGACGGGGUGGGAAGUGCAUGGCGAAAAUAUCGGCGACUCUCUCUGAGCCAGCCUACAAUCAUACCCAUACCUCUGGGCCUGCAGUCCAACAGCGGCGUCCGUUCCACUGGCUUCCCAGCACCCAUGUUGACCAUCCCGCACCAUGCCUAUAUGUUAGAUUCCUCCACAGCCUGCCACUCAGCCGCGACUGUCAGCUGAGCAAGGCUAUGAACAAAGCCGUAUUCACCCUCCCCUCUUACCAAGACCUCUUGCUCAGCACUACUACUAUGCUACACCCACUUUUCUAACUUCUGUCUGUUUAUACUGUUGGGCCAUUAAAACCUCUGUGGCUGGCCAGCAUCCACCCUCUGUCCACAAGUGGUGAGCAUAGCAGACAUGAAUCACAACUCUGACUCUGCAGCCUGUCCACGAGAAAGCAAGGUCCUGCUUUGUGUCUAGUUGGAAAUCUGUACAUAAUCGUUUCCCACGUACUUUCAACCUGUAUCAUGUGUUUGACUUUUAUAGGAAACGGUUAACUCUGAUAGCUGUGAAAGGACAAAUAGUUCCUCCACACACUAAUAUUGUUGUGCAAGUAAUCCAAUACAGGUCUUGAUGAAUCCAUAGAGAUUUAGUUAAAUUGGGAACUGAAAUUGCAUAAGCAUCCAAAUGGAACUCAAAGCAAUGUGAUUGUGACACUUUGUUUGGCCUUUCAUGUCGACAGGUUGAGCAAAAACAUCUGCUAUCAUCCACGUUAGUCAAGAUUAUCCCAGAUUACUAACCCUUAAUCAAUCCCUUUGUGCAGGGGCACAUAAUGAGGAUAAUGUUCGAUUGUUCACCAUUAGCUGUUAACCCUCAGUCUUGCAUGAAUUACUCAUUUCUUGAGAGUUUUGCAAUAUUUCAGGGGAGCUUGUAGGAGGAGUAUUUUAAUGAAGAUUCCCCUCUCGCCUUUUUAUGAGUGAUCAGCGAUGGUCAUAACUAGUUAUAUUCUUCAUGACAGGCAAUGAAUAGGCCUAAUCAAAUCAUCAUGAUAUGUUCUAUUCUCACUGAAUUUGCAGCAUGGAAACAAAUAAUUUGUGGUUUACAAGUUUGGUUGAUAAAUUUAAACAUUUAUGCAAGAUUUCUCUAAAUAAAAAUUGAAAGAUUGAAAAACCAGCAGACUGAAGUGCUGUUUUCUUUUAAUUGUAGUAUCUGUAACUGGAGUAUGUGAAUGGGCGCUGCUGGUAGCCUAUAGGGCUCACUUCAGCAUUCUCAGUGGUGCCCUCUGCUGCAAGAUGGUGUGGGAUCAUGCUUUUCACAUGUGUUGCUUAUCGGACCGCAAAGCAUCCCGAGUCCUGCUUUGACAGACUGACUUGCAAACUUUGAAUUCAGGCUAUUGACUUCUGAUAUUAUUUUCCCUUAAAGUGAUUCCUUCAACCUGCAUCCUUGUGAGUGAUUGAUUUGUCUUUUCGUUAUCCCCCCACAUCCCCCCUUUUCCAUUGUCCCGCAAAUGGGAAAGUGUUCUUUGUCGGAGGAAGAAAGUGGGCUGUUCAAGAUUUUGGUGUGCAUAAUUCUCUGCCCCCCAAUCCCUCUUUACUUUGCUUCCUUCGCUGGCGGACGGAGCUCAAAUCGUUCUUUAGCUUUUUCAAUUCAACGUGGGGAAUCCUCGUACCGGACAACUCAUUGUCUAAUUUCAUUCAAAUUUGCUGGAAAAAUAUUUAUUAGAAGUUGCACCUGUCGAGUCUGCUUCAAAAUACAAAGGUACACAGAAAGGAUCUUUUGAGUGCGUCGUUUAAAUGAGAUUGGAGAUGCUCCCAUCUUUGCUGCUAUGUGCCAUCUGUCUGCUCAUCCUACCGUCCUCCUCUACCCCCAGCCAAGCCUCAGAUGACUCCAGACUCCUACAGGUGACCAUCCCUACGACCCCUCCCUUAUCUGAUCUUGGGGGCUCUCUUACCCUACCUUGCCUGGUGUCUCUGUCCCACCCGCCCCCCAACAUGAAUGGCCGCCGCGCCGUCCUCUCCCUACCCAGGGUCAAGUGGAGCAUGCUGUCCCAGGGGCACGAGACUGAGAUCCUUGUGGCCCGAGGGGACAGGGUGAAGGUCAGCGAGGCCUACAAGGACAGAGCCUCCCUGCUCCAUUACGCUUCCUCCCCGGCCGACCUCACCCUGAGGCUGGAUGGCCUGCAGUACAACGACUCUGGCUUCUACCGCUGUGAGGUGCAGCAGGGCCUGGAGGAUGCCGACGGUGUGGCUCAGGUCAAGGUCAAAGGGGUGGUGUUCCACUACCGGGAUGCUUCCAGUCGCUAUGCCUUUACCUUUGCGCAGGCCCGGGACGCCUGUGAAGAGAUCGGGGCUCACAUCGCCACCCCAGAGCAGCUCUUGGCAGCCUACCACAGUGGCUAUGAGCGGUGUGAUGCGGGCUGGCUCUCAGACCACUCAGUGAGAUAUCCCAUCCAGAUGCCACGAGAGGGAUGUUUUGGAGACAUGGACGGGCAUCCUGGAGUGAGGAACUAUGGGCUGCUGGAACCUGAUGAGCUGUACGAUGUAUACUGUUAUGUGGAGAACAUAGAGGGGGAAGUGUUCCAUGGCUCUUCCCCCCGAAGUUUCACCCAGUGGGAAGCUAAGGCCUAUUGUCUGGCUCAGGGAGCGGAGCUGGCUACCACAGGUCAGCUGUAUGCAGCCUGGAAUGACGGACUGAACGCCUGCAGCCCGGGGUGGUUGGCUGAUGGGAGUGUACGCUACCCCAUUGUCACUCCCAGGGAGCGUUGUGGUGGAGGGGAGCCUGGGGUCAGGACUGUCUAUCGCCAUUUGAACCAGACAGGCUUUCCAGAGGCACACACUCGCCAUGACACUUACUGCUUCCGAGGCAACAGCAACACUCACACCGAAUCUCCCCAUGAUUACCUGGCAACAGAGCCAGAGGACAUCGGCCAGGGCAUUGUGACGCUGUCUGAGCCUCUGGAGGAAUUCAGCCUGGGUCAGGUGACGGAGCAGGUGAUGAGCGAAGAAGUUCAGGGCUACCUGACUGCACUCCCUAUUCCAGCGGAGCAGCACCCAUCAGAGCAUAUAGAGGAGCAGGGGGCUGUCCCUGGGGAGCAGUACCCAGAGCAGGGGGCUGUCCCUGGGGAGCACGGAGAAGAACAAGGGGUUGUUCCUGGAGAACACGGAGAGGAGCAGGGGGGUGUUACUGAGGAGUCGUACAUCAAGGAGGACGGAGAGGAGCAGGAGGCUGUGCCUGGGCAGCACAGAGAGGAACAGGGGGUUCAUCAUGGGGAGCAGUACCCAGACCAGCCUGGAGAGGAGCAGGGGGCUGUCGAUGACCCGGGCCCUACUGUAGUCUAUCACGAGGAGCUACCCUUUCCGGUUGAACCCCAAGACCCAUUCACCCCCACAUCCUUCCCCCAAGACCUGGAGCCCACAGAGGACACCUGGCAGCUGGUGAAAGAGGUCAGCAACCCAGAAUCAUAUCAGCCUGCCCCUGAGGAGGCAAACGUAGAUUCAAACUACCCAGUCACACCCUAUGAUGAGCUGAAUGCAAACCCAACACUGUAUCCACCUUCUCCCGAGACAAAUUAUGAAUCAGAUGAUCUUACAACUGCUCAUGAAGACAACAUUGGUAUCCCCGAUCCCUACCAGCCCUCGUUAGAGUCAAACAUGGAAUCAGGAGAGCCCUCUAUAGAGGGUGUACCAGGGACUGCUCUGGAGGCCCCCGUGCCCACCACAGCAUAUGAGGAGGUGGACAGGUCCAGUGAUCCACAGCCCAUGCCUGGCACAACCCCUGAGAGUGGUGAGUCUCAGUAUGGUAUUUCAGAGGAAAGCCAUAUGCAAACAGGGAUCACCCAGGAGACCGAACACUACACUUUUACCUCUGAGACCGCAGGCUACAAUGUAUCAGGAGUUGAAGCCACUACUAGUUAUGACAGCUCUCCAGAGGAGCAACUGGAAAGCGGGCUGCCCAUACCUCCUAAGGAAGACCACUCCGGAGAUGAGCAUGCCAUCCAGGUGGAGCAUGUCACGGACACGGUCUACCCAAGCACCUCUUAUGACCUCUCAGGAGGGUCCAUCAGGCCUGAGGGAGCCAUCGCUGGGGGUGUCGAGGAGACAUCUGUAUCUUCCACUUCACCUCAUGAGGAAACGGAGCUCUUCCCUGACCAGUCCACCACUCAGCCUCCAUACUGGGAGAACACACCUGAAUACCACCGAACCAACUCUGUGGACCACAGUGCCAGUGUCCUUCCCCCUGAGGAGCAUAGCACAUCACUGGACUCAUUGGUCCUCCAGACAGGGGAGAACAGUGGCUCUGCUACUGCUGAGUCAGGAGACCUGGCUACCCUAAGCCCAGUGGAGAUGGACCCCUAUGAACUGAUCCCUACCUCUGAAUAUGCUUAUGACCCCACUCAGGAGCAGUCUGGUGUCACGUCACCCGACUCCUCUACCCUAGAUGACCAUGUGGAGCAGGAGGCAGGAGGCACAGUGGACACAUUACCAGAAGUUUCCAAUGGUUCCACUGACCAGGAUGAGCACACUGACCUGGGUUCAGUUCCAACUGACAAAGUCCUUACAGUUAUUUAUGACACUGACUCUAGUGAAGCCUCUGGGGUCCACAAGGGAAUGCUUGACAUUACCCUUUUGACAUCCCCCAUACCUAUAACCUAUUCCCCCCCGACCCAGCGUUCCGUGGAAGCAGGGGCCAGCUCCCCAGGUGACUUCAUAACCGUCAUCCCAGAAUCCAGCGUUCCAUCUGGGUUUGAACCUCUGGAGGAAGGGCUGGAGAAGGUGGAGCAAGAGGGGUUGGGUGAUAUCCCAGAAGUAGUCGAAACUACUACCCCAGAGACAGCUUCUGGUGAGGAGGGGAGUGGAGAUGAGGAGAAUGGUCAGGAGGUGAGUGGAGAAGAAGAGAGUGGAGGCAAGGAGAGUGGUCAGGAGGCGAGUGGAGGCAAGGAGAGUGGUCAGGAGGCGAGUGGAGGCAAGGAGAGUGGUCAGGAGGUGAGUGGAGGCAAGGAGAGUGGUCAGGAGGCGAGUGGAGACGAGGAGAGUGGUCAGGAGGCGAGUGGAGGCAAGGAGAGUGGUCAGGAGGCGAGUGGAGGCAAGGAGAGUGGUCAGGAGGCGAGUGGAGACGAGGAGAGUGGUCAGGAGGCGAGUGGAGACAAGGAGAGUGGUCAGGAGGCGAAUGGAGGCAAGGAGAGUGGUCAGGAGGCGAGUGGAGGCAAGGAGAGUGGUCAGGAGGCGAGUGGAGGCAAGGAGAGUGGUCAGGAGGCGAGUGGAGGCAAGGAGAGUGGUCAGGAGGCGAGUGGAGGCAAGGAGAGUGAUCUGAAGGUGAGUGGAGAUGAGGACGGUGACCAGGAGGUGAGUGGCCAAGAGGAGGUGGAGUCCGGCCUAGGAUCAGGAUCAGACGAGGAGCACUCUGAAUCUGCUGAAUCUGGAGAAAGCUCAGGGAUCCUUGAACCAGAAGUCCCAUACAUGAAUGAAACUGUCAUUCUCAUCAAUGGCACAACUGUCAACAGCACAGAUGAAAGCGAGCCUGAGUCGAGCACAGAUGCGCCUUCUACUGAUAUGGAGAUCACGCUGCUCUCUGACUUGUCCCAGACCCCCCUGCCCUCCCCCACCAUACCCCAAGAGUCCCGGGCUGAUGUAAAUCUGGAGUACAGUGGGGAGACCUCACUCACUGAGGACCCUGACUCCAUCACUCCACUCACUAAUGAGCCUGAGGAGACCCCCAGCCCGACGCCCACCACAGAGGACUAUGAUGACCAGACUACGACGGCAGCACCCCUAUAUCCAGAGGACGUUGAUGAGGAGAAACUGAUUACCAUUCCUACUACUCCAAGAUUUGGGAACAUUUCAGAUUCCUGCCAUGAGAAUCCUUGUUAUAACGGGGGAACAUGUGUUGACAGUGGGUCUUCAACCAAGUGCCUUUGCUUGCACACCUAUGGAGGAGACAUGUGCCAGACAGACCUGGAGGUGUGUGAGCCGGGUUGGGAAAAGUUCAUGGGCUUCUGUUACCGACAUUUCACCAAGCGCCAGGGCUGGGAGGUGGCAGAGCAGCACUGUCGUAUGUGUGGCGGUCACCUGAUCUCAGUCAUGACCCCUGAGGAACAGGACUACAUUAAUGAUAAGUACAGAGAGUACCAGUGGACGGGACUGAAUGACAGGACCAUAGAAGGAGACUUCCGCUGGUCUGACGGGAAUCCUCUGUUGUAUGAGAACUGGUACCGGGGCCAGCCUGACAGUUACUUCCUGUCUGGAGAGGACUGUGUGGUGAUGGUAUGGCAUGACGGGGGGCGCUGGAGCGAUGUGCCCUGUAACUACCACCUCUCCUACACCUGCAAGAAGGGCACCUCUUUCUGUGGCCAGCCCCCCAUCAUUGCCAAUGCCAAGGUGUUUGGUAAGUUGCGUCUGCGCUACGAGACCAACUCCAAGGUACGCUACUACUGUGAAGAAGGAUUCCUCCAGACACAGAACCCCGUCAUUAAGUGCCUAUCCAACGGCCAAUGGGAGGAGGCUCUGAUCACCUGUCACCCUGCCCUGACCAACUUGGCAGAGGGAGAGCAGAAGGUCACGACGCCACCCUAUCAGAACGAGGGGGUGGAGGUGGUGGACACAGCCACGGAGAAAGCCACUUCAGAGUUCUGGGACAUCAAGUGGAACUAAUAAGCUCAUCAAACUCAAUUAUGCCCCUUCCCUCUGCCCCCUUCCCUGGAAUCCUAUGUUCCACUCAAAGACUGUCCAACCUUGUCCCUCCAACAAGGUGGAGCCUUGUAAAAUAAAUGUUCUCCCUGAGAACAAGUCAUCACAUUCCUGUCACCAGCGCUUUCCAGAAUAAACCCAUUUAGAACAUCAACAGACUUGAUCGAUCACACUUACAAUAAGAGUACAUCCCAACAUAAGGCCACUACUAGAGGAAAUUGAUCACAUUUGCACAGUACAGUUUGUCAUUGGAAUGAGCUUUAACGAAGAUGUCCCAUCCAUCAUUGGGCUUGUUUGUUGCAUGUGAUUGUUGACUAGUGAAAUACUUCAAUGUCCACCUGUGCUACGACACUGUUGGAUUACUGUAUUUGACUGCCAGUAACAUGUAUUAUGACAUGUUUAUGAUGGUAUACAGUAUGAUUUUGAUGGAGAGUUUUAGUAAAAUGCAACCUAAAUCUCAACCUCAGCUGGUCUGACAUUAACUGAAGCCACUUUCCCACUCUCUGCCACAAAGACAGAAUUAAGAUUUCCACUUUUGUAUGCUUUUGUAUAAGAAGAUCUCCUUAUCAAUCCACAUCUUCUCAAUUCCCACAACCCAAAGCAUUUUCUCAACAUGUCCUCUUAUGUGCUUCUUUGUUUUUCAGGUGUCUUAAACUUUAGACCCAAUAUUAGAAGCCGAUAUCCACUUUAAAAGUACUUGGUUUGAGAAUAGCCAGAAUCCAAAGUUUGUUAUUUUAAAACGUAAUCCCUAAGAUACUAGGAAGAACAUGUGAAAAUGUCCACAAUGGUAUUUCAAUUUUCAUGCAUCAAUUACAUCAUUGUCUUAGUUCCAGUGGAAGUACUACUUUACGUUGGUAGUGUUUAACUGUAAUCAAAUAAUUCUAAUUGCUAAUCCCAUUUGUGACUGCACAAUUACACAAUGAACUUGUUAUGAAAGAAAAAAGGUCAUUGUAAAACGAAUUAAAACUUAAUUUUGUUAA